AGAUCACCGUUAUUUGAAUCAUUUACAUUUCCAUUUCCAUUUCUUUGUAACUUCUCAUUUUUUUCUCAAUUCUUUUUCUUUUUAUUUGGGCAUGUUGUGUUUUGAUAAAACAAACCAUCUAAAACGCAGACUUACAAGAUAUGGAUAUUAGUAAUGAGGCCAGUGUUGAUCCAUUUUCAAUUGGACCUUCAACAAUUAUGGGUCGAACAAUUGCAUUUAGAAUAUUGUUCUGCAAUUCAAUGUCACAUUUCAGGCAUCAAGUCUUUCAUUUUCUGUUGAAAUUCAUCUAUAGAUGUAGGGAGUUUUUGGGAAACAUGAUAUCAUGGUUGCGUCCUCAAAACCCUCAAGGGAUAUUGGCAAUGGUGACAAUUAUUGCUUUUCUUUUGAAACGAUAUACAAAUGUAAAGUUGAGGGCUGAAAUGGCUUAUAGAAGGAAAUUUUGGAGGAAUAUGAUGAGAGCUGCAUUGACAUAUGAGGAGUGGUCGCAUGCUGCUAAGAUGCUUGACAAAGAGACCCCAAAAAUGAAUGAAUCAGAUCUUUAUGAUGAAGAACUGGUGAGGAACAAGCUUAAAGAGCUCCACCACCGCCGCCAAGAGGGAUCUUUGAGAGAUAUAAUCUUUUGGAUGAGGGCUGAUCUGAUUAGAAAUCUUGGUAAUAUGUGCAAUUCUGAGCUUCACAAGGGUAGGCUUCAAGUACCAAAACUCAUUAAGGAGUAUAUUGAUGAGGUCUCAACUCAGUUGAGAAUGGUUUGUGACUCUGAUUCAGAAGAGCUUUCAUUGGAAGAGAAGCUCUCUUUCAUGCAUGAAACUAGACAUGCUUUUGGUAGGACAGCUUUGCUUUUGAGUGGGGGUGCUUCCCUGGGUGCCUUUCAUGUUGGUGUUGUGAAAACACUGGUGGAGCAUAAGCUCUUGCCAAGGAUAAUUGCUGGUUCUAGUGUGGGAUCCAUCAUGUGUUCUGCUGUUGCAACUCAUUCGUGGUCUGGGCUUCAGAGUUUUUUUGAGGAUUCUUGGCACAAAUUUCAAUUUUUUGAUCAGCUGGGUGGAAUUUUUACAGUUGUGAGGAGGGUCAUGACACAAGGAGCUGUUCAUGAGAUUAGGCAGUUGCAGUGGAUGUUAAGGAAUCUUACGAGUAACCUCACAUUUCAAGAAGCAUAUGAUAUGACAGGCCGGAUUCUUGGAAUAACAGUUUGCUCCUCAGGAAAGCAUGAACCACCCAGAUGCCUUAAUUAUUUGACUUCUCCUCAUGUUGUCAUAUGGAGUGCAGUAACUGCUUCUUGUGCCUUUCCAGGCCUCUUUGAAGCACAGGAGCUAAUGGCAAAGGAUAGGAGUGGAGAACUUGUUCCUUAUCAUCCACCCUUCCAUUUGGAUCCUGAGGAGGGUUCUGGAACAUCGGCACGUCGAUGGAGGGAUGGUAGCCUGGAGGUUGACUUGCCUAUGAUGCAAUUGAAGGAGCUAUUCAAUGUUAAUCAUUUCAUUGUAAGUCAGGCAAAUCCUCACAUUGCUCCGUUGUUGAGGAUGAAGGAGUUUGUGAGAGCAUAUGGUGGUAACUUUGCUGCCAAGCUUGCCUGGCUCACUGAAAUGGAGGUAAAACAUAGAUGCAAUCAGAUAUUGGAACUUGGCUUUCCAUUGGGGGGACUUGCCAAGCUGUUUGCUCAAGAUUGGGAGGGUGAUGUUACUGUAGUUAUGCCAGCUACACUUGCGCAGUAUUCGAAAAUUAUACAAAACCCAUCUCAAGUGGAACUCCAGAAAGCUGCCAACCAGGGGAGAAGAUGCACCUGGGAGAAGCUUUCAGCCAUAAAAGCGAAUUGUGGCAUUGAGCUUGCUCUUGAUGAGUGUGUCGCGAUUCUUAAUCACAUGCGUAGGCUAAAGAGGAGUGCUGAGAGAGCUGCUGCUGCUUCUUCUCAUGGCUUAGCUGGUCCAUUCAAAUUCAGUGCUUCAAGAAGAAUUCCUUCUUGGAAUUGCAUUGCACGGGAGAACUCAACGGGCUCCCUUGAUGAAGAUGUUACAGAUGUUGCUUCCCAUAUGCGUCAUGGAGUUGGUGGGUCCACAGGAGCAUCACACUGUGGUCGGAAUUGGCAGAACCAUCGAAACACACAUGAUGGAAGUGACAGUGAAUCAGAAAAUGUAGAUUUACAUUCUUGGACAAGAUCUGGUGGGCCAUUGAUGAGGACUACUUCUGCAGAUUUGUUCAUUGAUUUUGUUCAGAAUCUAGAUGUUAAUUGCGAACCUGCCAAGGGUUCAAUGGUUCAUCCUAAUUCUCCUGGGGUUCAGAUGGGAAGCAGAGAUUUGUACAACAGUCCGAGUUCUAGGUUGCCUACACCAGAUAGAAACUCAGAGUAUGAAUUUGAUCAGAGGGAUUUGAGCAACAGAACUCCUGCAAAUGGCUCUAGCCUUACAGUCACUGAAGGUGAUCUUUUGCAGCCUGAAAGGAUUCACAAUGGCUUUGUGCUCAAUGUUGUUAGAAGACAGAACUUGGCUCUUUCAAACAGCAAUCAAGAUUCAGAAAAUUACAACAGAGAUGUAGCUGAAUUUAUGCAGCUUGAUUGUCCAGAAAAGGAGACAGAUGUUAGCUCAUCAUCUGAAGAUGGUGAUGAUACUACAGGGGAAAAUGCCCUAGAUGAAAAAGGGAGUGAUUUUAGUUCGCCACACCAUUCUAGUAUAAACGAUGGCAAUAGUCAAAAUGUUGUGGAUGCUUAAAUUUGAGGUCAUUUUGCUUCACUUAAGUCUUUUUUGAAUGUUAGGAAGAGUUUCCUUCUAAGAUUCGUACGAGCGUAUACCAUGGUUGUAAUUGUUUCUUGUUCAAUGAAAAGAGAUUUCUACUCUCUUGCACAGACGCAUUCACACUCAUGCAUUGAUUUGCAUGCAUUACAAACAAGAUCGGGAAAUGGUGGAAGACUCUUUAGAUGGUGUCCUGUAAGGGACUUGAAACUUUGGACAUUGAGGCCCGAUUCUCUUCACCCAUCUUUGAAUUCUCACCAAUCUUAUGAUUAGUCUUUGACCUGAUGUUAUCAAUGCUCAAUAAGUCUUUGAUGGGGAACAACUUUCACUGGAAUUGAUGACCUAAAGGAUUGAAAAGAAAGAAGUAGAUGGGAGGAAAAGAAUUUAAAAAGAAAGAAUUGGAUGGGAG